GGUCUGACGUGUGCCCCGUUUUGCACUGCACAGUGUAGUUUCACUAUUAAUGGAAAACGCUACAUUUAUUUCUUCAGGCAUAAAGCAAACAGGCACAAAAAAUCUAGUUAAUAUUAUGAAUUGAAUUUGUGGACUUAAACUACAUCUACCAAAACGUAGGGCAUCAGAAUUGUUGCUACAUAACUUGAUGGCGCUGUUUAAAAUGCGCUGACGCCAAAUGUUUUUAGGCGGAGCCAUUGAAACGAACGCCAUUUUGGCUCCCGGGUAGAACUAGUUAGUACUUGAAAAGCAGAGCCAAAAUGGCAUAAAACAGUCACAACAUUAGAAAGUUCAAGCAACCUCGGCGACUGUCUACCAGAGUAACAUCACAGUAGCUGCCUAACUAAAGUUGCUAGCUAAGCUUAGCUAGUUGGCUAACUGGGCAGUCGAGCUAGCUAUAAUCAGCUGACAAGGAAGUAAGGAAGAGUACUGUUUCCAGCGUUAGUUAGAGGGUAGACGGCGGCUGAUUUUACCCACUUGGAUUUGCUCUGUCUCCCUGUUCCCAACGCACUUCUAACAAUUUUAUUCCUUACCUGAAACACCCAGAGCUACAAAUGGCUACAAGGAUCAGCACGCAGCGGGGCCAGGUGUACAUCGGUGAGCUUCCCCAAGACUUCCUGCGCAUCAUGCCCACGCAGCAGCAGCAGCAGGUGCAGCUGGACGCUCAGACUGCGCAGCAGCUGCAGUACGGAGGCAGCAUGGGCACGGUGGGCCGGCUCAGCAUCACUGUAGUGCAGGCCAAACUGGCAAAGAACUACGGCAUGACCCGCAUGGACCCGUACUGCCGUGUGCGCCUGGGCUACGCCGUCUACGAAACGCCCACGGCCCACAACGGCGCCAAAAACCCUCGCUGGAACAAGGUGAUCCAGUGCACUGUCCCGCCUGGCGUGGAUUCCUUCUACCUGGAGAUCUUCGACGAGAGGGCGUUCUCCAUGGACGACCGCAUCGCGUGGACGCACAUCACCAUCCCCGAAGGCCUGAAGGAGGGCAGUGUUGUGGAUGAGUGGUACAGCCUGAGCGGGAGGCAGGGGGACGACAAGGAGGGCAUGAUAAACCUGAUCAUGUCCUUUACUUCUAUGCCAGCUGGCAUGCUGAUGCAGCCCCAGCCAGUGGUCCUCAUGCCCACAGUGUACCAGCAAGGGGUUGGAUAUGUGCCUAUUGCAGGUGUGCCCUCCGUGUAUAACCAGGGCAUGGUUCCCAUGGCAAUGCCUGCCGCUCCAGCCCCUGCAACGCGUGGCGCCCUCUGCAGCGAGGAGGACCUCAAGGCGCUCCAAGACAUGUUCCCCAACCUCGACAGAGAGGUGAUACGCACAGUGAUGGAGGCGCAGCAGGGGAACAAGGACGCUGCAAUCAACUCUCUUCUUCAGAUGACCGAGGAGCUGUAACAGACCCAUUCGAAACGCCCUGUAAAUAUCUAUAUUGUAUAUGUGUAAGCUGUAUCUGCAUCAGUGAGUGUUUGACAUAUAUCUAUAUAAAUUCCAUUCUAAAUGUUUAAAGGAUUAUAAUUUAUUUGAAAACAAUAAAUGAGAUUUUGUAAUACAGGGUUCUAAUAGAAGCAUUUAUCAGAGAUGGAAUUUAAUAGGACAGCGUGGUGUGAACAAAAUAGAAAUAUGGAAAAAUAAUUAUAUAGAUUUUAGCCAUUGACAUGUGGAUGUACAAACCACGUAGCUCAUGUUGCCAUUAAAUUGCGCUUACUAUUGUAAUGUUUUUCAGUUGUGAUCUUUUUUUAAUUUUUUUUUUUUUUUUACAAAUGGUAUUUUGGCUGAUUCCAACCAAAAUGUGUAAUGCUGCCUCAAAGUUCUGUGAUAUGACAGGACUCACAAGUACACAGACAGACAGGGAAGUUCAGACAUGCGCACUUGUUGACAUGCAGUAUGAGGAUAUUGCCGUCUGCCAAAGGUGAUGAAGAAAAUAUCUUUAUUUUAAAUGUUUUGGUUCAUCCAUAAUGGUAUAGGUAAAAACACCAUUCUUUAUUAUUUUUUGUUUUAUCAUGUUGAUGUUACUGGUUUUUGCCUUUUUGAUUUAUUUUUCAAAUGUAUAGAGUGCAAUUUAUAAUGUAUGCACCAGUGUUAUUGCUGUAGUCAAGCAUGGGAAGUCAUUGGUAAAGAUUUUGCUUUGGCACUAUGUCAUUUGGCUAACCUGAUUUUGGAAACCGAAAAGGCAGUGGCUGAACUCCAGCGCUAUUGUAUGAUUUUCAUAUAAUUGUCUUGCCACUGUUUACUGUGUGAUUGAAACCAAAGAAUGUUGUCUGUCUGUUGCUACCCCGCUAAAUUCAGUUCCUCUUACGAAAGAUGAUUGCGUACAUUUAUUUUAUUUUAUUUUUUAUUUUGGAUGUCUUCUGUGGGCAAAAAAGAUGUGUGAGGUGUUUGUGUGUGCAUGUGCAGUAAAGGUGAAAGAGGACGGAGCAUGUGAUUUAGCUUAAACACUUCCCUAUCCUUCACAAGCCAUUGCUUUGCAGCCUUUCUACUGUGGGUCUACCAUGGCUAUUACUGUCAAUAAAAAAACAGCUAUUUAAUCCAACAUUUAAGUCACAAGAAAAA